CGAGGGCUGCGUCUGUGGGAGCGUGUGUACUGGGUUCGCUGGAGGAUUUGCUCAUUCUCCUCUCCGCCUCCUCCUGUUAUGAGAGGAAGUAAAAAAUUGCGGAGUACUUUACGGAAAGUACUUAUUUAGUGGAAAACGAAAAGGAGUUUUUUUUGUUUGUUUUGAAAGCUUUUGCCGAUUUGGAGAAGAUAAUACGCCUGCCACUUGUCCCGUAUGUGCUAGUAGUUGCACAAGUCAUCCAGCAUGACCGCCCUUGUGAUAACUGCAGCGGUGUAGUAGUAUUAAUAAGCACUAAUACUAGCCAUACCAGCACCCGGGCGGACGUGUGCUUCAGCGGGUCGGGGCCGCCUGCCUCUGCCGAGCGGGGCUGCGGGCGCCGUGGACAAGCCGAUGACCCGAUCUCGCGGUGACAACUGGUUUCCGAAGCUACACAAGAAAAUAGGCGGGCCAGGCGAACGGGCUCCCGAGUAUGAGUUACCGCAAGCUGCUGGGCUUUCUCUUCGGCGUGAAGCCUACGGUCUCGUGUGUCCGCGGCGUGUUUUGCGGGGCUUCUCACGGAAGUGCGGGGUUCACGCCAGCCAAAGUGGCCGUCGUGACCAAGACGACGAGAUACGAGUUUGAACAGCAGAGGUACCGGUGCGCUGGGCUCUCCGAAGAGGAUCUGAAACACUUGCUGGCUAUGAAGGGCUCCAGCUACUCCGGGCUGCUGGAGCGACACAACAUCCACACCCGGAACGUGCAGCACGUUGUGGACAGCCUGCGGAAAGAGGGGAUGGAGGUGCGGGUGGUGAAGAGGAGGGAGUAUGACGAAGAGACGGUCCGAUGGGCAGACGCCAUCGUAUCCGCCGGGGGAGAUGGCACCAUGCUGCUGGUGGCCAGUAAAGUCCUGGACAAGCACAAGCCAGUGUUGGGAGUGAACACUGACCCCGAAAGGUCAGAGGGACAUUUGUGCUUGCCUGUGCGCUACACUCACUCUUUCCCAGAAGCACUUCAGAAGCUGAAGCUUGGUGAAUUCAGGUGGCAGUGGCGUCAGAGGAUCCGGAUCUACCUGGAGGGGACCGGAAUCAACCCCACCCCAGUGGACCUGCACGAGCAGCAGCUGAGUCUGGAACAGCACAACAAGGCUCACCGGACCAGCGCCGGCUCCAGCCUCUAUGAAGAGCCUGAGAGUAAAUCAGGUCCACAUCUUCUCCCUGUCAGAGGACUCAAUGAGGUCUUCAUUGGCGAGUCUUUGUCUUCAAGGGCGCGCUUUAAAUCCUUCAACACGCGUCUCCCAUUCUCGCUUCAUAGGGCCUCAUACUACGAGAUCUCUGUGGACGACGGGCCCUGGGAGAAGCAGAAGAGCUCUGGUCUCAACGUGUGCACAGGAACGGGCUCCAAAGCAUGGUCCUACAACAUUAACAAGCUGGUCACACAAGCAGUGGAAGACGUACUGAAAAUCGGUAAGACGCAGAUUGGGCUUGACAUUCCUUUAAAUCGGAACUUCAUUGAAAAGGUGACCAGUGAGUACAAUGAGUCCCUGACCUUCAGCCCGGAGGAGAGCAGGCUGUUCUUCAGCGUGCGGGAGCCCAUCGUGAACAGGGUCUUCUCCAGCAGCUGCCAGCGCGGUUUCACUACGAAGGUGUGCGUGCGCUCCCGCUGCUGGGACGCCUGCAUGGUGGUGGACGGCGGCACGUCUUUCGAGUUCAACGACGGGGCGAUCGCCACCAUCAGCAUGGACGCGGACGACGCGCUGCGGACCGUCGUGCUGCGGGACUGAGGGCUGGGGGCCGCAGGGCGAUGGGAGCCCUCACACUGCCACCAGGAGGCCGACUCGAGAAGAAAGGGGGUCGGGGGGCCUCCCCUCUUCCCUGCGCACUAGACUGACCGUUACUUCUCGCUCGGUGCUGUGGGCAGAUGGGAUGGUUUUUUUGCUAUUUGAAGCGAGGCGUAGGCUGAGGUAGCUGAGUGCAGAGGAGGUUUAACGUCUGCGAUUCUGACGGUGCUACAUUUAUUUUUCACUCACUUUUUGGAUUGUUGCGAACCAAUUUUUCUCUGUAGCACCUAUUGGGGGGGGGGGGAAACUCGUGCUCCUUUUAUAUAUACAGUAUAAUGUAUAUUUUACACCAGAUGUGUUCAAACGGUUCUUCAGGCAGAAAGAGGAGACUGAGGCGUAACGGAUUCCCUUUUUCUUGCGUUUCAACUCCUUAUCCACCUCUAGGUAGGUGUUUAUUCAUGUUACCGUGUCCUGUAUUAGUUCCAGGCCGGCUUCUCUAUAAGCUUGAAAUUUAUUCCUGCAAUUUAACAUUGCUGCUUUCUGUCUCAGGGUUGUCCACAGUCACUUCUCUUGAGUUUUGUUUUUCUUCUACAUCUUUAUUCUCCCCUUCAAGCCCAACAAAAAGGAGAAAGGACAAUGCCAAAGUCUGCUUUGGCAAAGUCUGAACCAGGCUCCUGAUUUCUGGAGGCCCUUUACAGCUGAAGCUGCUCUUUUCUCCCAGUUUCUCAGCUGAUGGUACUGCUUCCUCUUUCACGGGCUGACUGAACCUCUCCUCUCCUUCUCUUGAGACCACACUGCUCACUGCUCACUGCCUUGUCCAGUCGGGAGCCAGUUGAUCUGUUUCAUUCGAAUUCUGCCUGAAUAAUGGUUUGAACACGCUUCUAACAGAAUCUGAAAAAGAAAAAUGGAUUUGGGCUUUUGCCUGAAUGUGUACCGUAUGCAAACAAGCCUCGUUAUCUUUGUAGGCAUCAGAAUUAAUGCAAAAGAUUCCGAAUAUCAACUAAUUUAGCUUGCCAGAAUAUCUGCACUACUGUGACCGUGCCACAUUAAUUUAGCCCUGUCUGGGUGAGUUGAAUUGUAGAGUAUUUCACAUUCAGAGCAUUGGCAGCAGUCUUUGCGGGUGUCUGAGACAGUGCAGCUAAUUUCAGAGUCUUAAGUGCCACAGACUGUAAACCCAAGUGGUGAGAUCUCGGUGAGGCAUGACGGGUCUGGAAAAAAGAUUUGGAUUUUUCUGCUUGACCAGCAUACCUUCCGUUAAGCAGCACCUCAGAUUUCCUGUCUUUUUAGCACGGGCAAGUCAACAUUUUUAUGUAUUUUAAUAUAAGAUGAACAGGGGAUUUCUCUGGCGUUUUUACAGUCAAACUCGGUUUUAAUAUUGCAGGUAGUUUGGAAGAAAGGCCCUACUUGCAGUCUCCACCUUCUCUUGCAGCAGGGGAAUUGGGUUUGUGGGCAAUUCCGUGGUGAAUUGUUACCAAAAUGGAGGUAGAAAGACUUCUACAGAGUGAGAGAAGGGGACACACAGGGAGUAGAUUGCUGUUGGUGCUGCUGCAUUUUCAUGCCCUCAAGCACUAACCCCUGUGAAGCACAGGGAGGACCUGAUCCACAAUGCGUCUGCUGUAGGUGACCUUCCAGUAGGGACACCCAGACUGGAGGCAGGGUGGGGCUUGAUUUCAGGAACUGCGGGCUCAGAUCCAUCCCAUUUUUGUAUGGAGACAUUUGUUUUCCCUCGCAGGGCCAUUACAGGAGGGCUGUACUGAAAACCCGUUUUAAUCCUUCCUUCCUCCUCAUGCCAUGAGUAACUGGAGUAACCGUGAGAAUUCAGAGGGGAACAAGAUGUGUAGUAAUGAAGCAGUAUUCCGUUAGGUCUGCAGGAUCUUGUGAGAACUUGCCAGGUCACUCUUAGAACUAGCUUUACUGGGUUUAUAUUGUAUGAUAAUUGUCAGUAUUUUUCUUUUUUAAAGUUAUAGGCCAAAGAGAGUUCUGAAAUAUUAGGUGACGGUGAGUGUGUGAUAAGAUUCACCAAGAAUUCCUUCUUAAAAACUUCUAGUUAAAAAGGAAUUCCUUCGUCGUUUCUUAGUAGGUCUGUACACGGGGAGAUUCCACUAGGACAGCCAUUUUAAAUCGCGGCAGGUGAACCAUUCCCUGAUACAGUGGUUCCCUGGUCUCCCUAAACUAAUAGGUUCAGUCUAGUUCUAUGUGACAGAUUCUUUCAAAGGCUGUUGUUUUAUUUAAAAUCUUAAUGUUCCUGUAAAGUUGAAAAAAGAACGGUGAAUAUUCUGCUUAUUAGCCCAGUAAGAGCACAAAGAAGAAGUAUUAAAUCUAUUGCUUUCUUUGUUGUGAGACCGGGACAAGGGCCAAACUGGCACUAGGUGCAGUACAGGCAGUUUUGUGCUUUAGAAACUGUUAUACCCGAAUUAUGAUCCAUCAAAAAAGCAACUGUUGCUUUUUGCUAAAUACGUAAACUUAAACUUUGCCAUUCUCAAGUAUUGAAAUCCCAGCUGAAAUGCAAACCAUUUGGCGAGUCUUGUUCAGACUAGGAUUACUGACCGCUCAUCGGUUUCCAAAGCGCACAGGAAAAACUGAUGUUCACCUGCCCUCCUUUGCUUUUUUUAAAUAGGCCAGGGUAUGUGGAUGAUUGUAUUUUUUCUAACAUCCUAUCAUCAGCUGCUUGAAAUUAGGUUCAGGCUGUUUAGGUUCAGGCUGUUUGCUUUUGUGAAAAGUGAUGCACAGUCCUCAGCUAAUCUUUUUUUUGUCCCUUUCCCAAUGGAUAUCAUGGGGCAUUCCAAACAGCUCAUCCUGUGAAAUCUCCCGUCUGCAGUUCAAGACAAGCCCACUGAGGUGAGGUGAGGAGAACCAGAGCACUGUUAGCUAAAACCAGUAGGGUUUCUUUCCCCCAAUCGCCACAAUCCAUCCAUUCAUUUUCAAUCCACUUUAUCCAAUUCAGGGUGACAGGGAAGCUGGAGCCUUUCCCAGCAAUCAACGGGCACAAGGCAGGGCACACACUGUACAUAUGCCAGUCCAUUACAGGGUCCGUCGCCACCAGUCCAAUUAAAUUGGUAAUUAUACUAGAAAGUAGAGCUUGUAGGGUGCCAAAUGGUGAAUGAUUGAUCGGUGGGUUUAGGUUCAAGCCACGGCUUUUUUAACAGUCGCAAAGAGCUGUUUACAGGGGGCUUCUUCUUGUCUCCGGUGUCCCGUGUACAUAAACUGUUUCACAGCUCAUAGUUACUGCACCUGUGGUGGUGUUAGAAGAUUUUACUUAAUUGUCCUUAUCAAAUGCUGAUCAGCCAUUGAGGUGCUGUGAGAGCACAUGAUGAUGAAUGGGCAGCAGGGCUGUGUUGUACCCCUGUUGAACCCCAUUGUGGGUUCAGAGGGCAACACGCUUUGUGUACAACACAACUCCAGUGUCUGGACAUGCAGGCCACUUGUUGCACUUGAAAGUGCCUCUUGUUGUUCUUCUCUUUCACUGGUCAUGAGGGGAUUGGGACAAUCUGUAGCCCCGGGGCUGUUGACUAAGGGUGGCGGUGUAUUGUACCCAUUUCUUUCUGUGUCUUAUCCUCAUGGGCCACUUUUAAAGGGGACACACUAUACCUUCCAUCUGAAGAAACCAUGUACUUAAAACAUGCGUUUUUCCAGUUUAAAAUUGGGACAGCGAUACAAGUAGGACCCUUGGUAGAUUUUUGUGUUAAAAACCCUGGAGUGUAACUAGUGCGCUGAUCCAGAUUGUUGAGAGACAGACACUGCACUGCUUUCUCAAAUGUGCUGCUCCUGUGUCGGUCAACAUUUGGGGUUUUACAGAAUAUUAAAUAUGCAUUUAAGUGAA